CGUCCUUAUGACCAAUAACUAACUCGUUGUCUUGAAGUUGUAUACUAUUUCCUGUUGGUUUUCCUAUCUAGCAAUGAUGGUGAGCAGAUUGAGUUUCCUGCGGCUUGCAACCUAUGCACCACAUCUAGUAGCAGCUGUUUCGUACAGCGUGCUAUCAUCGCCUCCAUCGAAUGCCAGUCCUCUCCUAGAUCCGGCGCCGGUGGGCGUGUCACUGGAAUUCUUCACUUUCCCUGGCUACAUGGAAAAUGUCACGGCCACCAUGACGUGCUUGAAGAACUUCAAAGAUCUCACCGGCUCAUGGCCGCCGGUAAGGGUUGGUGGAACAACGCAAGACCGGGCAACAUAUAAUGCCCAAUCAUCGGCAGCAGUCACUUACUCUGUCAGCAACCCCGCUGAUGCACCCAUGAGUCUGACGUUUGGCCCUUCGUUUUUCGACUUGGCGGCCUCAUACCCCGGGAAGGUUAUAAUUGGACUCAACAGGCGACUGAAUAAUCUGGGCAACACUCUCGCAGCUUCAAGGCUCGCUCACCAAAGGAUGAGAAACCUGGACUCGAUCGAGCUCGGCAACGAACCCAACUUCUACACGAAUAGCGACCCGAUCGCUGGUGGCACCUGGAACGCAGCUCGGGACCGUGCCAGUCAGGUUGAAUGGCAGAGGGCCUUGGCCAGCAAUCUGACAACUUCCAGCAUCAUCUCCGCGGGCGUCUUCUUUGGGACAGACAAAUUCAACAAUGCGAAUCUGGCCAGAGAGGAAGGAAACGCGAUGACAGCUGUCAAAAAUUUCAACUCGCAUAAUUACCCACAGUGGGCAGGGACCUACAAUUUGGCAAGACUCAUGAGCCAUAGCGCGAUUGCGACACAGAUUGCACCCUUCAAGGCUGAAGCUGCAGCAGCCAGAGCUGCUGGCAAGGACUAUAUCAUGGGGGAGACAAACAGCGCAACCCAAGGAGGGGGUGGCAUAAGCCCAACAUUCGGCGCCGCUUUGUGGAUCGUAGACUAUGUCGCCCAGUCCCUAUUAUUGGGCAUCAAGUCUAUCUACUUCCACCAGGGAACUAUCGGAAACUGCCAGUACUGUUGGUGGGGCAGGUUCAGUAUGGGAAACCCUUAUUAUGGGGCUUACUUCAUCACGGCGGCCCUGGCAGAAGCACAAAGAAUUGCUCCGUUGGAUAGCUUCUCGAAUAACUUUGGGGGAUACGCCAUCUACAAGGACAACAAGCCCAUCCGAAUCUUGCUCAUCAACUCCAACUACUACGAAUCGGGGACCAGAUCGAGAGAAAGCUUCACGUUGACUGGACUGCCUUCCGGCCUCACGAGCGUCCUGUCCAAAAGACUGACUGGGAGUAGUGCUACUUCCAGAUCCGACAGGUCUAGUCCCGCCACCUUUGGUGGUCAGACUUUUCAAGACGGAACAUGUGUGAAACAAGGAAUCGAACAGGUGGAGGAGGCUAGCGUGAGAGCGGGGAGUGUUACGUUGAGCUUGGCCGCGUCCGAGGCAUUGCUGGUGUAUCUGUGAAGACGUUCCUCGAGAUUUUCUCGUGAAAUUGCUCGGGAAGUUCAUCCGUGGCGGAUGAAUGUGUCAUAGGAGCCAUGUCACGACAAAUGCAUCGUUGGAUGAGAUGCUGUAAAUACACUGAUGCUGGUGCACGUACCUACCUCCUGAGAGACAGGUACGACUGAUAUAACUACUUCGAGAGCACCGAGUGGUUUGUAUCAUACGUUGUCAUGUAGAAAACAGAUACGAUCAGCAGCUAAGCUCAAACUUGCUAUGUGUUGCAGAA